CAGUUAGAGAGAGCUCUGUGACAAACUCAGUCCGGUCGGCGAUGAGAAACAGAGUACGAUAACAUCUAAUAGGAUCAAGAAGACGAAACACAUGGAAUCAACUUCCAUAUACAAGUCUCCUUCAAAUCUCGAAACGUCUCGUACUCGUAAGCUCAGAAAGAACACGAAAAAGCUCAAAUUUCUCAGCCUCAAGCUCGAACUCACGAAACAGAGCAAGACGAAAGGAGCUGAUACGACGCCGUCUAAGGAGAAGAAAAGAGCGGAGACUGUGGGAGAAGAGAAAGAAGAAGAGCUUGCAGCUUACCUCUUUAACUCCGCCAACGACAGUACAUUCUCUUCGAUCAACGAUCUCCUCCCUUCCUCCUCCUCGGCCGUCCGGUUAGACUGCGACGGAGAAAAGAACCUGUCUCCGUACGAUAGGCAGGAGCACGUGUCGUCUUCUUCUUCUUCUUCGCUUCUAAGGACGGCGAUGAAGAAAGGAGCGAGCGAGGAGGGAGAGACGACGGAGGAGCGGUGGGUGAGUUAUUCGGAGGUGAUGAGUCGGAGCGGAACUCCACGGUGUUGCGGCGGAGAUGGAAACGACGGACGGUCCUCGCUGGCUUUGAAGCUUGAUUAUGAGCAGAUCAUGGAGGCUUGGUUGGAUAAAGGGACUCUUUAUGUCGACGGAGAACCGCCGCAGACGGUGCCGGACUUGCAUGCUUCCGCUGACGUGUUUACAAGCGGCGGAGAGGCAUUAUGGGCGGUGCCGGAGAUGGAGACAAUGGAGAGGUUAUGGAGAGUGCAUAGAGAAGCUAGUUUGCUUCGGUAUAAAGAGAAACGGCAAAGCCUCCUUUUCUCUAAGCGGAUUCGAUACCAAGUUCGUAAGCUCAACGCUGAGAAACGUCCUCGUAUUAAAGGCCGGUUUGUGAAGAGAGAUGAUUUAUAGACCACUAAAAACUGGUGGUUUGGACUUGCGGGUUGUUGGACAAACUACUAGUCUUUUCGAAAUAACCAAGCAGCGGAUGUUUGGUAGUAUAAUAUUAGAGACGGUAGGGCCGAACCGGAGAAUACCGAGAUAUGAAAGGUGUUGGUCUGUAUAGGGGUAUUGACCAGCUCGGUUAUGCAGAAGUUUCGGUUUGUUUGCCCGUUUUAGUUCUAUUAUCAUAGAAAACUUUUAACUAAUCUUGUACCAAAUCAUCUGAACGAAUAAUAAUAAUGAAAGUGGAUAUUAACGUUUA